AUGGAUUCUGAGAUGGAGUUUGAAGAGAAAUAUCAGGAAAAUGACCCUGUUCGUCCUGACCUAGUCCGAGUUGGAACAGGGAUCAAUUUUUGUCAAGAAAAAAAUUGCUGGACUGUCAUGAGCCCUUCCCUCCUAGAUUCAUCUCCACCCCUAAGCAUGACUCUUUCGCCCCAGGUGCUUCAAGUACAACAUGACUAUGUUCAAAACACUGAGGUGUUGGAAUGUGAAGAACUUCAAGACAUUAAAAUUAAGCAGCUCAAAGAGGAGCAUGAUCUCCGGAUGAAGUACAUGAAAGAGGAGCAUGAUCUCCGGAUGAAGUACACACAAGAAGAACAUGAGUGGAGACAGCGAGAGCAUGAAGUGCUAAUUGCUUUCAUGCUUAAAAAUUUGGGACAGAAUGGAUCUACCCUCACCAUGGACCAAACAGGAUCAGUGUACUCUCAUGUGACAUUUGUCAUUGAUCCUUCCAGAUUGUCUGCAAGUGAUCUGCCACAGGAGCAAAACUCUACCAACUCGGCAUAA